AUGGCCUUGAUAAAUUUUAAAGAAAAAAUUCAAAUUUUACUAAAGUUAAAAGAGUCAUUAAUACCACAGGUUGAUGGAAAUUUUAUAAAAAAUUGGGAAAUGGAGGCAAUAAAAUAUCAGAGUACAAGCGAAAAUAUUCUAGUGGAAUUAAAAAAUAUAAAUUUUAUAGAAGGACUAGUAAGUGCUAUUUCGUCUCAAUUAUCAUAUCUUCGAAUAAAUCUACAAAAUUAUCAAAAUAUGUCAGAACAAGAAAAAGAUAAGUUUAAAAGAUUGUAUGUUCUAGCUGCUCUUGGAUUAAUAGCUAAGUUAAAACUUAUUUUAUUUUUCUCAACAUAUAUUAAUUCAAGAGAACAUAAGAAAUUUAAAAAUUUUCCUAAUAUUAACGAAAAUAAUUAUGAAUUGCAACAGAACAAUUGUGGAAAUUCAUAUGAUAAUGAAAUAGAUUUAUCAAUUAAUAAUUCUGAAGAUUAUAUGAAUGGCAAGAGUACUAAAAAAAAUUCUUUACUUAAUAAUUUAAAUGAUUAUUAUUCGCAAUUUCAUAAUUUUACUGAUAAUUACAAAGAAAAUAUUUUUAAUGCAAUGAUACUUAAUAAUAUAGUUAAUUAUAAUUCACAGGAUAAUAGUGGUAAAAAUUUAAAUAAUAGUAAUUUUAAUGAAAAAAGUUUUAAUGUUUAUAAUAAUAACAAUAAUAAUAAUAAUAAUUAUAAUUCUCAUUUUACAAAUAAUUUAGAAGAUCUUUCUUUAGCAAUGAUGAAUAAUUUUUCAUUACAAAAAAAUGAUAAUUUGCAAAAUUCAUCUAUUUUAACAUCAAAAAAAAGAUCUUUACCAUCACCUCAAAACCAAAACAAAACAGUGAGUUUUUUAAAAAAUUCUCAAACUUUAAAUAACAUAGAAAAUAAUCAAGAAGAACAUAUGUUAAAUUAUAAUAACCAAAUAAAUAAUGAAUCACAAAAAUUUUUUCAUCAAAAUCAAGAACAAAUUUCCAAAUAUUUAACUAAUAUCAAUCAAAAUAUACAUUCAACAAAUAAUGAAAAUUCUGAAUUAGAUAAUUGUAAUUCAAAUUUAAACUCCUAUUACCAAUUUCAUAAUGACAAUGGACAAUCUAAAAAUGUUUUACGAUCAUAUAACAAUAAAGUUUACGGUAUUAACGAUAACAUUUAUAAAAAUAGUUAUUAUUUAUAG